GCUGCGUGCGCGCCCUCUGCCCCCACCUCCACACUCCGCCCUGGCCGCCAUUGCCUCGUGCCCGCGCUGGUCGGUUGGUGGCGCCUUUGUCCUACGGCGGGCAGGUGGGCUGAGGCCGAGGCGGUAGCGGCGGGCCUGAGGCCGAGGAGCGGCGGGGAGGCGGCCGCGCUGGUAGCGAUAUUAAUAAGGCAGCGGAAAGAAGAAAUAUGAAUACGGCUCCAUCAAGACCCAGCCCCACACGAAGGGAUCAAUAUGGUUUUGGAGAUAGUCGAGAUACAAGGCGUGAUCGCUCUCCUAUUCGAGGAAGUCCAAGGCGAGAAUCCAGGGAUGGCAGAAAUGGACGGGAUGCCCGGGAUAGCAGAGACAUUCGAGACCCUCGGGAGUUGCGGGACCACAGAGACAGCCGAGACAUUCGGGAUCACAGAGACAGCAGAAAUAUACGUGAUGCUCGGGACCUGAGGGAUUUUCGGGACUUCCGUGAUCUAAGAGACUCUAGAGAUUUUCGAGAUCAUCGAGACCCUGUGUAUGACAGAUACAGAGACAUAAGAGACUCCCGAGACCCUCUGUACAGGAGAGAAGGCUCUUACGACCGCUAUCUGAGGAUGGAUGACUAUUACCGGAGAAAGGAUGACUCUUACUUGGACCGGUACAGAGACAGCUUUGAUGGCAGAGGCCCUCGGGCAAAAGAGCGUUUGAAACGUGAGGAACGACGUAGAGAGGAGCUUUAUCGUCAGUAUUUUGAGGAGAUCCAGCGGCGCUUUGAUGCUGAGAGGCCUGUGGACUGCUCUGUUAUUGUGGUCAACAAACAGACUAAAGAUUAUGCUGAGUCUGUGGGGCGGAAGGUACGAGACCUCGGCAUGGUUGUGGACCUGAUCUUCCUCAACACCGAGGUGUCGCUAUCACAAGCACUGGAGGACGUCAGCCGAGGAGGGUCUCCCUUUGCCAUUGUCAUCACCCAGCAGCACCAGAUUCACCGCUCGUGCACAGUCAACAUCAUGUUUGGAACGCCACAAGAGCAUCGCAACAUGCCCCAGGCAGAUGCCAUGGUGCUGGUGGCCAGAAAUUAUGAGCGCUACAAGAAUAACCGUCGGGAGAAGGAACGUGAGGAGAUUGCCCGACAGGCAGCCAAGAUGGCUAAUGAAGCCAUUCUCCAGGAAAGAGAUCGUGGAGGCCCUGAGGAGGGAGGUCGUGGGGGGCACCCUCCAGCCAUCCAGAGCCUCAUCAACCUCCUGGCAGACAACAGAUACCUCACUGCCGAGGAAACAGACAAGAUCAUCAACUACCUGCGGGAGCGGAAGGAGCGGCUCCUGAGGAGCAGCGCCGACUCUCUGCCUGGCCCGAUUUCCCGCCAGCCACUCGGGGCGGCCUCGGGUACCUCGCUGAAGACACAAGCAAGUUCCCAACCGCUUCAGAGCGGCCAAGUGCUCCCCUCUGCUACACCCACUCCAGCCGCACCCCCCACCUCCCAGCAAGAGCUUCAGGCCAAAAUCCUCAGCCUCUUCAAUAGUGGCACGGUUGCGGCCAACAGCAGCUCUGCAUCCCCCUCAGUUGCUGCCGGAACCUCCCAGAACCAGAAUUUUUCCACAGCAGCAAACAGCCAGCCUCAGCAAAGACCACAGGCCUCAGGAAAUCAGCCUCCAAACAUUGUGGGACAGGCAGGGUCUGCUCGGAACAUGGGCCCCAGGCCUGGGGCUCCUUCCCAAGGGCUCUUUGGUCAGCCUUCCAGUCGCCUGGCACCUGCCAGCAACAUGGCUAGCCAGAGGUCUGUAUCUUCCACAGGUAUUAACUUUGACAAUCCAAGUGUACAGAAGGCUCUGGACACCCUGAUCCAGAGUGGCCCUGCCCUCUCCCACCUGGUUAGCCAGACUGCAGCACAGGUGGGCCGGCCCCAGGCCCCCAUGGGCUCUUACCAGAGGCAUUACUGAGGCGCCAGCGGUCCACUGUCCUUAGUCCCUUUCCCUCCCACUUCAUCCUAAGUAGAGAUGUUUGGAAGUGGUGUUCACAGUCUC